GUAUUGAUGGCCUCAAGGCUUUUUGAAUUUUUUUCAGUGCUUUCAUUUAAGUUUCUUAAGCUUGUCAUAUUUCAUAGUCGGUCAUGCGUUUAUGAAGUGUCAAAAUUUGUCAGCUGACUUGAGUCUCGUGAAAAGUAUUUGAUCUUUAUGAUUGUGUGAAAAAGGGCGGAAAUGUCUGCUCGGGAUAGAUUACCGAUUUUCCCGUCUAGAGGGGCUCAAAUGUUGAUGAAGGGUAGGCUAAAAGGGGCUCAACAAGGACACAAUCUUUUAAAGAAAAAAGCCGAUGCGUUACAAAUGAGGUUCCGCAUGAUCUUAAGCAAAAUCAUUGAGACCAAAACAUUGAUGGGUAUGGUAAUGAAGGAGGCAGCAUUUUCUCUGGCAGAAGCCAAAUUUACCACUGGCGAUUUCAACCAAGUGGUUUUGCAAAAUGUAACAAAAGCUCAAAUGAAAGUGAGAACUAAAAAAGACAAUGUUGCUGGUGUCACUUUACCAGUAUUUGAGUGCUACCAGGAUGGCACAGAUACUUAUGAAUUAGCUGGUCUGGCCAGAGGUGGACAACAGCUUGCCAAGUUGAAGAAAAACUAUCAGAAUGCUGUUAAACUUUUGGUAGAAUUGGCGUCCUUGCAAACAUCAUUUGUCACACUGGACGAAGUCAUCAAAAUUACAAAUAGACGAGUUAACGCCAUUGAACAUGUAAUCAUUCCAAAAAUUGAAAACACUUUGAUGUACAUUAUUUCUGAGCUGGACGAAAUUGAAAGAGAAGAGUUUUAUCGCUUGAAGAAAAUCCAGGACAAGAAGAAGGCCAACAAGGCCAGAGUUGAGAAGGCUAGAGCAGAACUCAUCGCAGCAGGAUUGCUGAAACAGGAGCAAAGCCAAGCGAAUAAUAUUCUCGAUGAGGGAGAUGAGGAUAUUCUCUUUUAGAGCUGGUGCCAGGACACCUAAAUUGUUAAGAGAACAAUUAAUAUAUCUAUUAUACAGAAAAAAAAAUGUUUAGUUUUGGUUUAUAAGUAUUAACGCAAAUGUUUAUUUUGUUCACAGGAAAUCAUGAAAAUGAGUCAUGAGGUUUAAAUAGUUUCGAUAAGGGUGUUAUUAAAAUUGUAUUGACAAUAGAUUUUUGUGUCCAAGCCAAGUAUGUAAAACAAAACAAUCCUAGCUAAUUGGGAUAUAUUUUCAUUUUCAUUUUAUUCCAUUUUGAAUGAUAUUGAGUGAGUUUAGCAUAAUAAAAUCACUGUAUUGGUUUUAAUUGUUGCAAGAAAUAUAAGUGUUUUAUGUUGA